GCCUGGUUCAAUAAUCCUGGAGUACAGGGGACGCACAGCAGCAUGACAUCCUGACUAAAGCCUGUGUGGCCUGCAAGAGCAAACAAGAUUCCUGUACCUGACAUCCGUGGAUGGAAGCAGAAGAGGAAUUGUGUGCAUCUGUGCUGCGAGACUCUACUGAAAGAGAAGUCCCCUCUGACUUCAUAGGAAACGAUGAGAUCCCAGCUGAGUAUGAGGAGGAGAUUUCUCAAGGUGAUGAUCCAGGGAAUGUGCAGCAGGAUGAGAUUUUCCUGCAAGUUGAACAAAAUGCUUCUCAGAGUCUCAGUGAGGCAGAAGCCUUUGAGGUUCAGCAAGGACAAGACAUUGAUCAGGCACAGGAUGAAUCCAUUGAUCCAGCAGGCAGUUUGGGGAUCCUUCAAGACAUCCUCCCCCAACCUGGGAUUCCUUUGGAAAUAGAAGCUUUUAGUUACACUGACUGUGGGGAAACCAUCCAAAAGAAUUCAAUCCUUAAUGUGCAGUGUGAGAUAUCUCCAGUGGGAGAGAAGCCUCAUAAAUGUACUGAAUGCAGCAAGAGUUUUAGCUGGCGCUCGGACCUUAUUAAACAUCAAAGAAUUCACACAGGAGAAAAACCCUACAUAUGUAGUGAAUGUGGGGAAAACUUCACUGUGAGCUCUCACCUUUUUACACAUAAGAGGAUCCAUACAGGAGAGAAACCUUUCCUUUGUACUGAGUGUGGGAAAUGCUUCAGUCGGAACUCGCAUCUUGUUAACCACCAGAGAACCCACACUGGAGAGAAGCCCUUUGAAUGUAGUGAGUGUGGGAAACGUUUCAGCGAUUUCUCAACACUUACGCAACACCAGAGAACCCACACAGGUGAAAAGCCCUAUAAAUGUGUUGAAUGUGGAAAAGGCUUUAUACAGAGUUCACAUCUCAUAAGACACCGGAAAACUCACAUGGGAGAGAAACCCUAUAAGUGUGCUGAGUGUGGCAAAGGCUUCCGAUACAAAACCCAUCUUGUACAACAUCACAGACUUCACAUAGGAUAAGAAAGCAGGAGGAGGGUUGCUUCCUUGCCCAAAAGAGCUGAUGAAUGAUACAGUUAUGUGGGCCAAAGAAGUAAAGAAAAGUGUCCUUCACUGUAGUGAACAGAGGCCAGUACUAAUGUUUUAUGUAGCAAACAUAUGUUUCCUGAGUGUAUUACAGUGUUUGCCAAAGCAAAUGUUUAAAACAGGGUCAGCAACUUGUGGCCCUCCAGAUGUUUUGGCCUGCAGCUCAUAUCAGCCCCUAUCCAGCACAGCCAAUGGUGACGGAUGAUGGGAAAUAUAGGCCAAAAUAUCUGGAGGACCACCAAUUGCCCACCUCCAUUUUAAACUAUGGAUGAUAUAGACCUAUGUACC